UCGCUGUUCGCCGUGGUGACGUCAACUGGAGCACGUGGUUUUGUUGUUGCAGGAAGUAAAGAUGGCGGAUCAGCCGUUGCUUGCCGAGUCUGUGCUCGGGUGGUCUAUUUUCACCUGUAUACUUCUGGGGAUCCUGGCUUUCUGUUGGGUCUACAUUCGGAAAUUUCAAAGUCGGCAGGAGAGUGAAGUUGUUUCCACUAUCACGGCAAUAUGUGCACUGGCCAUUGCUUUGAUAACUUCCGCACUCCUACCAGUGGAUAUAUUCCUGGUCUCAUUCAUGAAGUAUCCCAAUGGUACCUACAAGGAAUGGGCGGCAAACAAUGGCACAAGAGGACAAAUUGAAGACACUGUGCUGUAUGGAUAUUACACACUUUACUCCAUCAUACUACUCUGUGUCUUCCUAUGGAUCCCCUUUGUGUAUUUCUACUAUGAAGAAAGGGAUGACGACAACGGGAACAAAUGCUCGCAAGUGAAGAACGCUCUGAAGUACACGUUUGGGUUUGCUGUUGUCUGCGUAGUGCUCCUUUUAAUUGGAGCCUUUGUUCCCCUCGAGCCUCCACCUGGUCAGAAUUCCACCCAAUGGGAGAAAGUUCAAUACCUUUUUGAAGAGCUUGGAAGUAGUCAUGGUCUACCUGCUCUGUCUUUCUCCAUAAGCUCCUUGACCUUGAUUGGCAUGCUGGCAGUGAUAACCUACACGGCCUACGGUAUGUCUGUGCUGCCUUUGAAUCUGAUAAAAGGGACACGGAGCGUUGUGUAUGAACGUCUGGAGAACACAGAGGACAUCGAUGAUGUCGAGCACCAGAUAGAAAAGCUGAAAUCCAAGUGUAAAGAUGGACGUCCCCUCUCCUCAAGGGACAGACACAACCUGCAGGAGCUGGAGGGCAAACUGCAGGUCCUCCAACGCAGGGGGAGACACUUAGAAAUUGCAGAGAGGAACUGCUGCACUAAAGUGGGAAGAGCUCUCAGACCGCUCAAGAUAUUGCUGGGCAUUUUCUUUAUCCUGGUUGCACUGCUUUUGAUCGUUGCCUUGUUCAUUUCAAAUUUGGAUAAAGCUCUCCACUCUGCAGGCAUCAGCUCAGGGUUCAUCAUCUUCGGCACCAACCUAACCAAUCCUCUGAAUGAACUUUUAUUAGCCUUACAACCUGUUUUUCCAUUGGAUUACAUCCUGAUCACAGUCAUCACCAUGUACUUUGUGAUCACCUCCAUGGCUGGCAUUCGCAACAUGGGCAUCUGGUUCUUCUGGAUGCGGCUGUACAAAAUCAGACCCAAGAAAACUCGCCCGCAGGCUCUUCUCUUCCUCUGUAUGAUCCUUCUCUUGAUUGUCCUUCACACCAGCUACAUGAUCUACAGCCUGGCCCCACAGUAUGUCAUGUAUGGCAGCCAGAACUACCUUGUACAGAGCAAGAUGCCCACAGCUGGUUCUACAUCUGGGAAUGCUACUUUUGGCACAACAAGGACCUGUGAUGCUGAUGCGCCUGAGGACGAGUGCACUGUGACAAGAUCCUAUCUUUUCCUGCAUAAGUUCUGGUUCUUCAGCACCAUCUAUUACUUUGGUAACUGGGCCUUUAUCGGGGCCUUCCUCAUUGGCCUGGUGGUGUCCUGCUGCAGAGGGAAGAAGUCUGUGAUUGAAGGCGAGGUGGAGGCUGAUGACUCGGACUUAAGUGAUGAUGAAUAUGUGCACUGAAAAGCAGCAUUUGCUCUGACGGGUUUGUAGCUAUUCCUACAAUCAUUUGAAAGGAAUAGAAAGUACGAUUCGAUAAACGAAUAAAUGGCGGUCAGUUAUCUGUCAUAAUUUAAUUUAUUGGUUUUAAGGAGUUAUUGCAGUGGUGUUUUGAGUAUUCUGGCCUUUGUUUUGAGUUGCAACAUCCUGACCCUUAAUGGGACCUCUGAGACUGGUUGUUGGGUGUUUCUCAAUAUUCAAUAGUCUCAAGUCGUCAAUAUUGCAAUUCUGGGAGUGUCCUUCAACCUUAUGUUACCUUGAGAAUCAACCUACCAACAGUUUAAAAACAGAUAUGGACGUUUUCUACUGAAGAAGGCAGCAUACAUGGUCAUAAACCCCUGCAAGACUUCAUGUCCUAAGAUUUAGUUGGAGUUUAGACAUAAACGUACUAUUUACGUACUCUAAGCACUUUCUAUACCCUUUUAACGGUGACUAAACAACAAUAUAUCUUUUAAGAUAAAAUACUACAGAUUACAAACUGUACUGCUUUAUGUUCUUUCUGACAAGCUUUUUGGUAUAAGAUAAUGAGUACAUGUCUUGACUUUAGUUACCUUUUCAACGUUUGUUUUGAUUUAUUCUGUCUCAGGUUAAAGUAUUCGGUUGGCUGCUUUUUCCCCAGUAAUUAGUCAAGACCAUCAUUUAAGUGAAUGUUGCUGUACUUGCAUACCUGCACUGUGUGAAAUGUUAAGGGCCAAUUGCAGUUGUUGUGUUUUCCAUGUUUCAGUUGAUCUUAGUUUUUAAUUAAAUGGGUUUAACAUAAUUUGGGGGUUUGAAGAACAUGAUACAUCUAAACAUGACAUUAUAAAUUAUAAAGUGUGUCAUUUUUCUUCAAUAAAGGAGUGCUUCCUCUUUGUUGGUCUUUAGUUCAUCAACAGUCUUGUUUAUUUUAAUCUCAUUGAAUUUAAUAGUCUAAAAACUGCUCAUUUAAUCAACAAAUUGAGGGAAAAUAUGAAUGUGAAUGUCUGUGCCUCAUGAAUGUGCUGCACUAUGAUGGGCACACGCUCUUGUACAUGCUACCCCAUUAAAUUGGCCUCACAGAAAUCUUCCCAAACCUCACAAGUUUGGGUUUUUCUUUGAGAUAAAAGUCUGGGGGCAGCAGGAUAUGAGUUUACUCGAUGAGCUGGAGUUUUGGUUCACCUGUAAUGGGUUGAUAUGCAGUGUUGGAAGUCGUGUCAAUAUUUAAUGGUACCUGUAUUUAAAGAAAUAAAACCAUUUCAAACACAC